AUGGCUACGCUUCCCCGCCGCCAUAUGCAGCAUUUCGACCGUCGAGAGCUCUACACCAAUCUCGAAACCAGGAUAGAAUAUCUCCACUCAUUCCUCGACUUCAGCUCUCGUGACAUCGAAGCGCUCAUUACCGGAGCAAAAUACAUAAAGAUGCUGAUUCCCGCGAUCGUCAACAUCGUCUACAAGAAGCUCCUACAAUACGACAUCACAGCACGCGCGUUCGAAACACGGUCAACGUCGUACGAAGGCCCGGUUGAUCCAAACCUCAACGAGAAUUCGCCUCAGAUUCUGCACCGGAAGUUGUUCCUUCGAGGCUACCUCACCAAGCUGUGCAGCGAUCCAAGCAAGAUGGAGUUCUGGGAGUACCUUGAUAAAGUCGGUAUGAUGCACGUCGGCCAAGGACGGGCUCAUCCUCUACACGUCGAAUACGUGCAUAUAGGCGUGACGCUGUCAUUUAUCCAAGACGUGCUUACAGAGGCCAUCCUCUCACAUCCUCGCCUGAAGAUGGAUCGAAAGAUUGCGCUUGUCAGGGCGCUGUCCAAGGUCAUCUGGAUCCAGAACGAUCUUUUCGCGAAGUGGUAUGUUCGAGAUGGGGAUGAGUUUGCAGAGGAGCGUGUUGCGCCUGAGAUUGAACCAGAGGGUUAUCUACAUGGCAAAAAGAUAUUGCAUGAUGGAGAUGAAGGCGAGAGUGAGAUUGGAGAUUCUGGCUCAUGCCCGUUCAAGAACCUCACGGUGCAAGCACAGGGGAGGGAGGCUACUACCCCUGCUUCAUCGCAUUCAGCGCCGUCCAGCACGAUACCACACGAUGCUGACAGCAGUGCGACUUGA